GAAGUAGCUCUUUAAAUCGCCCCACCCUGUACAUCGCAGCUUUAAAAGCCUGCAUUGAAGCAUUUGAUAUCACACGUCGCAUAUUAAUCACAUAAAUAAUAUAAAAAAAUCUACGAUGGCACGGCUAGUUGUGGCUUUGUUCUUCCUUUUCUUUAUGGUCUGCGUCUACGGUUAUCCUUCAAAUCCUCAAUGCGGUUUUAAUGAGGAAUGGAAUGACUGUGCAGUAGACAUAUCUUGUGAACCUAAAUGCGGUGAAAAUGCUCCGAAAAUAUGUCCUGCGAUUUGCGUUUCUCGUUGCCAAUGCUUAGCAGGAUACAAGAGAAAUCUAAUUACCGGUCUUUGUGUUUCUGGGAAUUGUUAAUUUUUCUCGAAAAUAGCAUAAUGAAAUUUCUUAAGAAGCGAAUUUUCGUGAUUAUUAUUUGACUUUAAUUAUUAAAUGUGUUUAAACUAUAGAUAAUUGUAGAUUCUUGUUAUUAUAUUCAGCCGUUUAUAUUUCUCAAUGAUAUAAACAUCUGAAUAUAAUAAUGUGAAAAAUACUUUGCUAUGUGAUAGUUUUAUUUUAAUAAAUGCUUGAAGUUUAUUUAAUUUGAGUAUAUUUUUUAAAUAUUUUAUAUUUCUUCCAUAUAAUUAUAUAUUACAA